AUGCUUAUGCUCAGAAAAUUUGUUAAAUGUCGACCAACAACUCGUUUCGGUCUGACCAAUCAACGGGACUUAAAUGUUGCCAUCAUCGGUCAGAGUUCAUUUGCAGCCGAAGUGUAUAAGUUGUUGUUGAAAAAUGGUCACCGCAUAGUUGGUGUGUUUACCAUAUUAGACAAAGGCAAUCGGCAAGAUCCAUUGGCGGCUGUUGCUUCAGAAAACAAUACCCCAGUGUUUAAAAUCAAAUCGUGGCGUAAAGGUGAAAAUGCAUUACCUGAAAUUGUAGCUCAGUACAAGAAAGUUGAUGCUGAACUCAAUGUACUACCAUUCUGUUCACAGUUUAUUCCUAUGGAGGUUAUUGAACAUCCAAAACAUAAAAGUAUAUGUUACCAUCCUUCAAUUUUGCCUAAACACAGAGGAGUUAGCGCCAUAAAUUGGACACUAAUGAAUGGAGACAAAGAAGCAGGUUUUUCUAUAUUUUGGGCUGAUGACGGACUUGAUACUGGUCCAAUACUGUCUCAAAAAUCAUGCCCAGUCUUACCAGAUGACACAGUUGAUUCUUUGUAUAAUCGUUUUUUAUAUCCUGAAGGCAUCAAAAGUAUGGCUGAAGCUGUUGAUAUGGUGGCUAAUGGUACAGCUCCAGUUAUUCCUCAGUCUACAGAAGGGUCUUCUUUUGAACCAUCUGUAAGAAAAAAGGCUUUACAAAAAGUAGAUUGGUCCAGAAGUGGAGUAGAUAUUCAGAACUUCAUUAGAGGGCUGGACAGUUCUCCAGGUGCUUGGACUAUCAUAAAUGAAACAGAAGUAAAAUUAUACAAAUCAUCUAUUUGGACAAAUGAAACACCUACUGGUGAACAAGUGACUGUUGAUACAAUCCAAUUCCCAGCUAUUGUACAUAGUAAUGGUUUAUUGAUUACUUGCAAUGAUGGUCUAAAAAUAAACAUCGAGAGGUUGUCUGUGGAUGGAAAAAUGAUGGCUGCAUCAAAUUACGGUAAUGCAGACACUGUUCAAGAAACUAUUGACUAUACCGAUCAAGAAAAAGCAUACAUCCCUGUAGUGGAAUCCAUUUGGAAAAAUAUCCUAAACAUGGAAAUUGGGAAGGAUACUCAUUUCUUCCAAUCUGGUGCAGGUUCUAUGGACGUUGUCAGGUUAAUUGAAGAAAUCAAGGAUAAAUUGAAAUUUACUCUGAAGAACGAUGAUGUAUAUAUGUCUCCUGUUUUCUCUGAUUUCUGUAACACCUUGGUCAAGAGGUCAAGAGGUUCAACCGAUGACAAUAUUCGUGUAGAAUAUGAUCCAGUUGUGGUUGAUGUCAACAAUAUGAAAUUACAGUUUGCAAAACAAUUAUUCAUCAAUGGACAGUUUGUAGACUCUGAGUCUGGAAAGACCCUGGAAUGCAUCAAUCCUGCUGACGAAUCUGUUAUUUGCUCAAUUCAAUGUGCAUCUGAAGCUGACGUAGAUCAAGCAGUUAUUGCGGCAAGUAGGGCAUUUGAAGGAGAAUGGUCUGAAAUGAGUCCCCGUGAUCGUGGAGCUAUUUUGUAUAAGAUAGCAGAUUUAUUAGAUAAAAAUAGAGAAGAAUUAGCGACAAUAGAGUCCAUUGAUUCUGGUGCAGUGUACACAUUAGCAUUGAAAACUCAUAUUGGCAUGUCUAUUGAUGUUUGGAAAUACUUUGCCGGCUGGGCAGAUAAGAUACAUGGGCAAACAAUACCAAUAUCACAUGCUAGACCAAAUAGAAAUUUGACAUUUACAAAAAAAGAGCCAUUCGGUGUUUGUGGUAUUAUUACACCAUGGAAUUAUCCAUUGAUGAUGUUGUCCUGGAAGAUGGCGGCUUGUUUAGCGGCGGGUAAUACAGUGGUAAUGAAACCAACAGAAGUGUCACCCCUCACUGCACUGAAGUUUGCUGAAUUGUCUGUAGAAGCUGGUUUUCCAGCUGGCGUUAUAAACAUUCUUCCUGGGCUUGGUUCUGAGGCUGGUAGAGCAAUAGCUGAACAUCCAGACAUCAGGAAAGUGGGAUUCACAGGCAGUACAGCAACCGGUCACGCAAUCAUGAAAGCAUCGGCUGAAUCAAAUCUCAAAAAAGUAUCUUUGGAACUUGGUGGAAAAUCCCCUUUGAUUAUACUCGAUGACUGCGACUUGGACAAAUCUGUUAGAAUGAGCAUGGGAGGAGUGUUCUUCAACAAAGGAGAAAAUUGUAUAGCUGCAGGUAGAGUUUUUGUUGAAUCAAGCAUACAUGACAAAUUUAUCGACAAAGUUGUUGAAGAAGUAAAAAAAAUUAAAAUUGGAAACCCGUUAGAACGCGACACUCAUCACGGACCUCAAAAUCAUAAGGCCCAUUUGGAAAAAUUAAUUAACUAUUGCAUUAAAGCAAAGAAUGAAGGAGCUGAACUGAAGAUCGGAGGGAAACGUGUGGAUCGACCAGGAUACUAUUUUGAGCCGACUGUGUUCACAGGAGUUGAAGAUCAUAUGUUUAUUGCUCAAGAAGAAGCAUUUGGACCCAUUAUGGCUGUUACUAAAUUUAGUAGCAGUGACCUAGACGCAGUUAUCAAGCGAGCAAACUCAACUGAUUACGGUCUAUCUUCCGGCAUAUUCACAAAAGAUAUAAGCAAGGCAUUGAGAUUUGCUGAAAAAAUUGAUGCUGGAACUGUAUUUAUAAACACUUAUAAUAAAACUGAUGUUGCCGCGCCUUUUGGUGGUUUCAAAAAAUCUGGAUUUGGCAAGGAUUUAGGUGAAGAAGCUUUGAACGAAUACUUAAAAACUAAAUGCAUAACAGUGGAAUAUUAA